UUUGUCUUCUCCAUUCUUCCCAUUAGAUUGAAGAACCAGAGAUUUCCAUUGACAGAUUCAAUCGCAACUGGAAGUUAUACGUAAGAACUAUGAAUUCAGCUCAAAUGAAGAUUCAUACGAAGACGACGAAGUCAGAAAGAGUUCACAAGUAGAGCUAAAACAAUCAAAAUCAACUCGAUUCGCCUCUAAUACAGAGAAAUGUCCAAUAUGCAAAGGAAUUUCACUAAACUCUCCGCCUUCAUCUCUCAUCCAUCUUCAAGGGAUGUAUUAUUGAAACUUAUAUCAAACAAUGUUGUUUCUUCAAUUCCGCCGCUCAAAAAUGUAUCAUCGUUUUCAAUUUCCCGUCCAUUGUCAACCGGAAGGCCGCCGAUAGACACUGGACCUAGGUCUGGAGCUGGACCGCCUAGAAGUAUGCGAGAGAAGGUGGAGAGACGGAUGCAGAAGGAGACAGGGAAAACGCGAAGAGAGAUUCGACGAGCUUCUAACAUUAGAAAGAAACUGAUGACGGAAGAAGAACGACUUGUAUUCAACCUAAAACGAGCAAAGAAAAAAGUUGCGUUACUUCUUCAGAAGUUGAAAAAGUAUGAUUUGCCUGAACUUCCAUCUCCGAAGCAUGAUCCUGAACUGUUAACAUCCGAGCAACUUCAGGCGUAUAAGAAGAUCGGUUUCAGAAACAAGAACUACGUUCCUGUUGGUGUUCGUGGUGUUUUUGGUGGUGUGGUUCAAAACAUGCACCUUCAUUGGAAAUUCCAUGAAACAGUUCAAGUUUGUUGCGAUAACUUCCCAAAGGAAAAGAUUAAAGAGAUGUCGUCUAUGCUAGCACGUUUAAGUGGAGGCAUAGUGAUCAACAUUCAUAAUCUGAAAACUGUCAUCAUGUAUCGUGGUAGAAAUUAUCGUCAACCAAAGAACUUGAUACCAAUCAACACCCUUACGAAAAGAAAGGCAUUGUUUAAGGCUAGAUUCGAGCAAGCUCUGGAAUCACAGAAAUUGAAUAUAAAGAAAUAUGAACAGGAUCUUCGUAGAAAGGGUUAUAAUCCGGAAGAUCCAGUGGCUGUAGCAAGUAUACAGAGAGUAGCUUCGACUUUCUUUAACGCGAUUGACAGGAAAGAAGGAAGUCCUUACGUUUUUAAUGAAAAUGAGCCAUUGUUGUCUCGUGAAGAAGAUUCGAAAAUUGGGGCUCGACAAUUUGAUCCUGCUGAAGACAGUGAUCAGGAGGAGCUGGAUAGAUUUAUAGCUGAAAUAGAGGAUGCUGCUGAUAAAGAGUGGGCUGCUGAGGAAGAAGCUGAGAAAGAAGAACUCAGUAGGAUUAGGUAUUGGAAUCGAGAAAAUACAGAUCAAAGGUUUAGAAGAAACGAUGAGAGCGAUGAGGAUGAGAACGUGUCGUAUGACAAUGAUAGAAGAGGAGUCAACCGAAACUACAAUGUUCGAUCCAAUAAUCAUCAAGGAUUUCGUGGAGGUUCGUCAAGAAUGGAAGAAGAUGACUCUGGUUCUAGCGAUGAAAAUGAUGUUCAUGAUCGAACUAACGAAAGAGGGAAAAGAAACUACAAUGUUCGAGCGAAUAAUCAUCGAGGAUUCAGUGGAAGAGAUGGCCCGAGAAUAAUGCAAGAAGAGGGCUCUGGUUCGGGCGAUGAAAUGAGUGAUGAUUUGGAGUGGCAAUCUGAAAGUGACAGUAAUGAAGCGGGUGACAACAACAAUUUAAACAUGGAGAAAGGAAAUGAUGUGAAGAAGGUUAAAUCGUUUAAACAGUUGGAUGAAAAUUGGGAUAGUGAUAGCGAUUAGGGUUUGUCGUCGUUUUUCAUGAAUUAAACAUCGGGGGAAGCAUUCGAAAAAACUAAAACUAGGGUUUUGAAUUUGAUGUCACAACUCACAAGCCAAAGAAAUCAUCAUGUUCUUGAUGAGGAGUAAGGGCUAAUCUUCUCUUUAAUCAACAGUUCUUCAAUUAGUUUGAUUAUGGUAGGGAUUGGUUGAUUUCAAGAAUUUUGGGUAUUUUUAUUUUUGUUA